CACAAGUUUUUGUUAUUUUGUGAGACCCUUCUGAUCUCUCCCAGUGGCACAGGGAACAAUGCUUCUCCUUCACCUGCAAAGCUGCCAGCCAUGGAUUUUACCACCAACUUACACCCAUCUCUCUUCAAUCACUUGCAAUUCCAGGAGGUAUAUGCCCUGUCACUUCAGCUGGAUCAAAUCCUCAGCAUUACACAUGCGUGGUCCUAGAGCGCUCGCUGGAGGGAGACGGGAGGUUAAUUCUCACAGGUUAGAAGUUAAGUCAAGUUCGAACACUUACAAACAUGUCCCAGAAAAUUUGGGCACCGAGUUUUUUUGGAUGAAGAAAAAUAAUAGAAGUUCUCAGGGUCAACAGGCUGGAAGCAUGGUACAAUUUAUGUCUUUUUACAUCAUACUGAGAUUGACCCAUAAGCAGUUGUGUGAUAUGGUGAUAAAAGCUGGCCAGGCACUUCUUCCAUACUUGUGUCAGACUCAUAUCGCAACAAGCUUGCCUCUUGCUUGUGUUUCUAAUGCCUUGAAUAAACCUAAGCCUCUUAAUUUAGAUGUGUCCUUGCCUUCUUUUCAUGAUAUUAGAUGGAGCUUAGCACGGAUGUUAUACUUAUUAAACAUCCAGCUUGAGCGAAAUGUUGCCACGUUCCUUGUGGUGCUCCUAGUGGCAUGCUUCUCAUUUGUUAUUGUUGGUGGUGUUAUGUUCUUCAAGUUAAGGGGCAAUAAAAAUUCUCUGGAAGAUUGUCUCUGGGAAGCCUGGGCAUGUCUGUGUUCAUCAUCUACUCAUUUAAAACAAUCAACACGUGUUGAGCGUGUUGUUGGUUUACUUCUAGCAAUAUGGGGCAUAUUGUUUUACUCUCGACUUCUAAGUACGAUGACUGAACAAUUUAGGAGUAAUAUGCAAAAGCUCAGGGAGGGUGCCCAAAUGCAAGUUCUGGAGACUGAUCAUAUCAUUAUCUGUGGGAUGAAUAGUCAUCUUCCCUUCAUAUUAAAGCAGUUAAAUAAGUAUCAUGAGUUUGCUGUUCGCUUAGGCACAGCUACUGCUAGGAGGCAGAGAAUCCUUCUUAUGUCUGAUCUUCCAAGAAAACAGAUUGAUAGGAUAGCUGACAAUAUUGCAAAAGAUUUAAAUCAUAUUGAUGUCCUUAGCAAGAGUUGCAGUCUUAGUUUAACAAAAUCAUUUGAAAGAGCAGCAGCCAACAAGGCACGUGCAAUAAUUAUACUGCCAACAAAAGGGGAUCGGUACGAAAUUGACACAGAUGCAUUUCUUUCUGUUUUAGCCCUUCAACCAAUUCCAAACAUGGAUUCUGUCCCCACUAUAGUUGAGGUUUCAAGUUCCAGGACAUGUGAGUUGAUGAAGUCAAUCUCAGCAUUGAAAGUAGAGCCAGUAGAAAAUGUUGCAUCCAAACUAUUUGUUCAAUGCUCUCGGCAGAAGGGACUUAUAAAGAUCUACAGGCACUUGCUAAAUUAUCGAAAAAAUGUAUUCAAUCUUCGUAGCUUGCCUAACGUAGAAGGAAUGACUUACAGGCAAAUAAGACAUAAAUUUCAAGAAGUCGUUGUAUGUGGUCUUUACCGGAGUGGGAAGUUAAACUUUCACCCAAACGAUGGUGAAAUUCUGCAGAAAGCUGACAAAGUAUUGUUUAUUGGAUCCCUUCAGAGUGCUAAAAAUCCAGAAGUAACCCUAAAUGGGAAAGAAGGAACACAUGUAAUUCAUAAUGAAUACAUACCUGAAAAGGAUGUGGAACAUGCCGUCAAAAUGAGUAAAGUUAGGCUUGCUAAUAUUGUAAAACGUCCUACUAGAACAGGUUCCAAGGCAUCAGAAGGGAAUGUUGGCCCAAAAGAAUGCGUUCUUUUACUUGGAUGGCGCCCGGAUGCCCUAGAAAUGAUCCAAGAGUAUGAUAACUAUCUUGGUCCUGGAAGUGUUUUGGAAGUGUUAUCAGACACACCAUUAGAUGACAGGAUCACUAAGGCGUGCAACACCAGUGGUCAUAACAAACUCAAGAAUGUCCGAGUUUCUCACAGGAUUGGAAAUCCCAUGGACUAUGACACCUUAAAGGAAACCAUUAUGAAUAUUCAGAAUUCUUUAAAGAACGAGGAUCUUCCUUUAUCAGUUGCUGUCAUAUCUGACAGAGAAUGGCUUCUUGGAGAUCCAUCUAAGGCAGACAAACUGUCUGCUUACUCUCUUCUCCUUGCUGAAAAUAUCUGCAACAAACUUGGAGUAAAGGUGCAUAAUCUAGUUGCGGAAAUUGUUGAUUCAAAACUGGGGAAACAAAUUAGUAGAAUCAAGCCAUCAGUGACAUACAUUGCAGCAGAGGAAAUAAUGAGCCUUGUAACCGCACAAGUGGCUGAGAACAGCGAACUAAAUGAUGUUUGGAAAGACGUAUUAGAUGCAGAUGGAGACGAAAUAUAUGUCAAGAAUAUUGGUCUAUACAUGAAAGAAGGAGAGAAUCCAUCAUUUUCUGAGCUUUCUGAGAGAGCAUAUUUGAGGAGAGAAGUAGCCAUAGGAUAUGUGAAGAACAAAAAGAAUGUUAUCAACCCUGUUCCCAAGUCUGAAUCUCUCUCUCUUGAAAUGACUGACUCCUUGAUAGUCAUAUCUGAACUUGAAGGAGAGCAACCAGUUGUUUUGUAAAGCUGAAUCAUGUCAAGAUUUUUUGUUUUGAAAAUUCUGAUCCCCAAAAUUUGGGGCCAUUGAUUUGAUGAUUGCACCCAGGUGAUUGAUUGCAAAUCAGGAUGAUUCAAUAUUAAUGUGUUCUGGGAUUUGACUUUUAGUAACAAGUUCUAGGAAUUUAUUUAUCUAUUAUCUACCAAUUGUGUCAA